CUGCCAUUUCCAGUGCAUUCUGUCCCGAAGUUGACACAGAUGCUUUGGACAUGGUGGGAAAGGCGCGUGCGAUCCUGAUGCUUGCGGAUGAGAGUCGCUGUGAUGAAGAAGCCCAGCCCCAGGGAUAGCGAGGGCGAGACUUUUGCACUCCUCUCGAUGAGACCCUAAAACUGUUGCCUCGUGAACGUAUCAAAGGCUCAAAUGUCUACCUUGACACAUCCAGAGUGGAACGAGAAGACGGGCGGACUUGAGGUCGCGAAGGCUUUCGCCGAUCGGAUCCAUGGGAAGAACGUGCUCAUCACCGGUGUAUCUCCUGAAAGCAUCGGCUCAUCCAUAGCCCUCUCGACCGCCUCCCAAAAUCCAGCGCUCCUCAUUCUCGCCUCACGCACCAAGUCCAAACUAGAAGAGGUCGUGAAGAGCAUCCAGGAUGCCUAUCCAGAGGUCAUAGUCAAAGCGGUCCUCCUUGACUUGAUGUCUCAAGAAUCUGUCAAGGCUGCUGCAAAAGAAGUGUCACAAUUGACGAGUCGCCUGGAUCUGGUCAUUAACAAUGCUGGCAUCAUGACAACGGCGCGUCAAACUACCAAAGAAGGCCUCGAGGGUCAAUUUGGCGCCAACCAUAUUGGCCACUUCCUCCUGACCAACCUCCUCAUGCCUCAGCUUCUGGCUUCUGCUUCCUCUUCAGAUGAAGGUGCCACCCGCGUUAUCAACCUCACUUCUCUUGGCCAUCGGCUGAGCCCUGUUCGUUUCUCUGAUUACAACUGGGAGAAGAGCAACGACGAGAUACCCGAAGAAGAGAGACCUGCGCCACUUCCUCCGAUGUUUGCGAAGGGCGCGGAUGAUGGAUACAACGGAUGGAUGGCCUAUGGACAGGCGAAGACGGCGAACAUGCUGUUUUCAGUGGGGUUGAACCAGAUGUUCAGAGAAAAGGGUGUGAGAAGUUAUGCUGUGCAUCCCGGGUCAAUCUGGACUGGUCUCAGUCGAAACCUGGACGCGGAUGGCGAGGCUGCGAUUCGAAGUGUAAGUCCGUUCUGGAAGAACCUUGAUCAAGGUGCCGCGACAGUACUGGUUGCAGCGCUAGACCCAGCUUUGGACGAUCUAAAGGGUAUCAUGCUGUCUGACUGUCAAAUGUGUGAUGCGAUGCCAUACGCGACUGACCCGAAGUUGGCCGAGCGGCUGUGGACGUUGAGUGAGAAGCUGGUGCAGAACAGCUUCAAGCUUUAGAUUGAUAUCGCACUUCACUUAGAACGCCCAACCGAAUACAAUCAUCAUAACUAUUGUC